AUGUCAGGUUGGUUCGCCAUUACCAUUCGGUGUUAUCUGUUGGACUUCGGAGCGUCUCGAGGUUUUGACAAAAGCUUCACAGAUGCGUACAUUGAGGUGAUCAAAGCAGCGGCGGAUCAGGACCGAGACCGAGUCCUGCUCAAGUCCAGAGAGAUGAGGUUUCUCACAGGAUUCGAGACCAAGUCGAUGGAGCGUGCUCACGUAGACGCCGUCAUGAUCCUCGGCGAGGCCUUCUCUUCGUCUGCGCCUUUUGACUUUGGCGCCCAGAGCACGACGGAGCGGAUCCACCGCCUCAUCCCCACAAUGCUCCACCAGAGGCUGACUCCGCCCCCAGAGGAGACCUACUCCCUGCACCGCAAGAUGGGAGGGGCCUUCCUCAUCUGCGCCAAACUCAGGGCCAAGAUCCAGUGCAAGGACAUGUUCCAGGUGACUGCUGGAGGUGAUGGAGGAGGUGAUGCAGGAGGUGAUGGAGGAGGUGAUGGAGGAGGUGAUGAGGAGAUGAUGGAGGAGGUGAUGGAGGAGGUGAUGGAGGAGGUGAUAGGAGGAGGUGACAGAGGAGAGCUCAGCGGCCAAUCAGUGCUCUGCGUCUUCUCUGUUGCCGGGAAGAAUUUUUUAGUCGAAGCCGAUGCCGUUAUGAUAACGGGGACAUAG